AUGGCCAUAUGCUUCACGCGCGGAUACGUUGUCAAGAAAUUCGGCCUAGACGAUCUCUUCAUCGCCAUCGCCGUUACCCUCGGAGCCGCACAGACAGUCACCAUCAUAUUACAAAUCGAGCAUGGCCAGGGACGACAUGCAUCAGAGCUUCACGUGGAGCAAUUCGACGAAAUGCUCAUGUACCAAUGGAUCAAUAUGCUCAUCUACUUUGUCGCAAAUUGGGCUGUCAAGAUGAGCAUCCUAUCUCUGUACUACCGAAUCGGCUAUGGAAAACAGGGCCUGCCAUGGAUCGUGCAGUCACCUGCUGUAUGGACAGCGGCCGGCUUUAUGACUGCCUUUAGUUUUUCCGUCUUCCUUGUGAGUAUCAUGCCCGUCUGUCUGUACGAGAUGCACAACUGA